AUGGCUCACUGGCGAAUAGUCGGUGCGUUACAUUCUGGGAACUCGGAAGGCGCCGGCUCAGCUCUAUGCGGUGGGAAAUAUCUUGAUAAUCGUCGCAACUUCGUGAUAUUCUUUCUUUACACUGUUCUAUUUGAUGCCAGUAUUCUCGUUUUCACUAUUAUUGCGCUACACAUCAAGGCGGAUGCGGCCGGCACACGUUUAUGGGUGAAGGUUUUUAAGCAUCCAAUCUGGUACCUGCUUGCUACGAUGAUGGCCAACAUCCCCACAGUAGUAUUUGCCUGGCUGGACCUUAACCCUGCAUACAAGGCUCUCUCGGCUUUAGGCAACGUCGCGGUUUCAGCGGCGUCUACGAAUCUUCUGUUCCGCACUCUGGCGCUGUGGGAGCGUAGCCAACUUGUGCGGAUAUUCUUGAUUUUCGUGAGCGCUUCUCAGUGGCUGAUCGGACUGUCAAUGGGUCCUCUAAGUGUCAGUCAAUCCCCGCCUGUCCAAGACACCGUGUGUGGCCACAUAUACCCGAAUGCACAUCAUGAGUUGAUAGUUUUCUUCUUUUGCACUGUUUUCUGCGAUAUCAACAUUCUUGCGUUUACUGUUGUCGGACUAGGACGCAAGGCUGAUGCGGCUGGGACGCGGCUAUGGAGUCGAGUGUAUAGGCAUGGCUUCUGGUAUUUGUUUGGGACUCUGAUGGCGAACGUGCCGGUGGUGGAGAAGAUUUUAGCCGGACUAAAUGUGAAUCCUGUCAUGUCCGUAUUCUUUGUCGCACCUGCUAGGGUUUUCAGCGUGAUUACUUCGUCUGCGGCUGUCGUAUCAUUGUUGGAGUUGGAGGGCAGUACUGAAAGUCAUAGUUCGAACGGCAGUGAAACAAGUGGACUACGCGAGGCUGAAGACGGUGCAUACGAUGCUGAGAAAGCGAAAUUUUCUACGCACAUAGAUCUGUCGUCGUGGGUAACCUCCUUCCUCGUUAUUCUUUCUCUCAUGCGCCUCGUAGAUCUCUCUGCGGUGGCGCCCGCUUUCUUGCUAUUCACCACAUUCGGUAACGUCGCCGUAUCGACAUCUUCCACGAACUUUCUCAUUCGCGCCCUACUCCUUUGGAAGCGCAAUCGGGCCAUACAAGCUAUUCUCCUUCUAUCGAGCAGUACUCAAUGGAUUAUCGGCCUCACGUUCGGUCCAAUAAGCAAUAACGAGAUACACGCCCCUGGGCUGGCGCUUUGCGGUGGAUCAUACCCUGAUGACCGCCGCAAUCUAUUAGUAUUCUUCCUUUAUACUAUGUGUUUCGACAUUGGUAUUCUCAUCUUCACUGUCGCUGGGCUGUAUUCUCGAGCCGACGCCGCUGGGACGCGCCUAUGGGCUUUGAUAUACAGACACAAUGUCUUAUAUCUCAUCACUACAUUGAUGGUCAAUGUACCCACCCUGGUUUUCGCCUGGCUGAAUUUAAACCCCGUGAUGACGAUGCUGUUCGCUGUUCCAGCCGCAGUUGUUAGCGUCAUGGUAUCUUCUGCAGCAGUUGUAUCUCUAAUAGAGAUCAAGGGCGACAAUGAAACAGACGCUACGGGGGAUGUGUGUGAUCUGCGCGCCAUCGAGAGUUCUACUUGCGGAGAGAUUCAGCUCACGACACACAUCAAAAUUCCCUCGCUCUCGCUCGGGAGCCCUCAAGAUCUUAGCAGAAAUUCUUCAAACACAGCCGGACUUUUGGCCUUCCAAUCCUUAGAAGCGUUAGACUCGAUCGACGUCGUCAAUUCCACAUCCUAUUCUGCUAACUCCACAUUUAUCGCUGCUGCCGCCGGGUCGUCAUAA